AGUGAGUAGAACCAGCCGCGCGGCCGGUUUCAUAUAGGCGAAAAUGUCGACCAGGGUGGGAAAACACAAGAUGCUGUCUCUGGGUCCGACUGAACCCUGGUCAGUUCGGGAGAAACUCUGUCUCGCGUCCUCAGUGAUGAGAAGCGGAGAUCAGAACUGGGUGUCUGUAAGCAGAGCCAUCAAGCCAUUCUCAGAACCUGGACGACCCCCAGACUGGUUCUCCCAGAAGCAUUGUGCCUCCCAAUAUUCUGAGCUGCUGGAAACCACAGAGGCCCCAAAACGUAAACGGGGUGAGAAAGGGGAGGUGGUCGAGACCAUUGAGGACGUGAUUGUGCGUAGAUUGACGUCAGAGAGGAUCGAGGAACUCAAGAGGCUGAUCAAAGACACACAGGAUAAAUACAGGAAACUGAAGAAAGAGGUGGAUUUGAUCCAGGCAGGUCAUAUGGACCCUAAACUGGAGGAGCUGUGGGCAGAUAUAGAGCUAAAGAGGAAGCAGGAAGAAGAGGAGGCUGAGCAGAAGAAGAGGGCGACUGAGGCAGCAUAUCAGGUUCGCCAGGCAGUUAAAAACACACCAAAGAGAGUUCCCUGCGUGACUGUACGUUCUCCACCCAUUGCUAGUUCUGCCUGCAUGGAUGUCUCGCAGCCAGACACAUUGCAGCCAAUGACGGACGAAUCAUGUGCCAGUCCCACGGCUCAAGGAUUGACCGUCGUCAUGCCUGUGUCAGAGGUCACGGGUCCAGGGCCUAAAGAAUCAGGUCUGGGCCCUCUGGUAGAUGACUCCCCGCAGAAGAAGCACCUUGCCCCGAAAGCCACACCACCUCCCUCCCCACUGCUGUCUGAACUGCUGAAGAAAGGCAGUCUCAUCGCUGCCAGCUCUAGACUGGUGGUUGAAGGGGACGUGGCCACUGGUUUGAGUAAUGGAUCUCAUGGAGUUGAGCUUCACACUGCUGCAACCGCUCUGCCUGCUAAUCAAGACAUUACAGCCGAUGCUCCUACGUUAUCUCGUCUGUUGGAGAGUGCCACCCCAGUGCAGCAACCUGUCAGUGCUGAUCCCCCUAAGCCCCCCACAGUGGUCCCCCCAGCCCCGGACCACCUCUCUGUGCCCAAAACAGGAGCUGCAGCCGUUGCUGAAGGUUCUGGAGCAGAAGCAGUAAUGGCAGGGUCGUCCACGCCGGUGGAGGUGGAGGGGAAAGAGGCAGAGCUGGUGGAGGAGGACACGGUGGUGUCUGUGUCAUACAUGGGACAUGAACUGGACUUGGAGACAGUGGGAGACAUCAUUGCAAUCAUAGAGGAGAAGGUGGACGAUCCCGUGGAGGCUUUGGACGCAGCCGCGGUGGAGGCGGCUCUCUCUCUCUGUGAGGACCCAGCGGUCGGGGGCCACCCCAUCACCAGCCCUUGGGAGGCACAGACCUUUAAGGCAGCUGAACCAGAGCCCAUCGUCCAGCAGAGUCCUGCCCCAGCGGUCACGCAGAGCUGCCCUGACCCCGCGGGUGUGCAGGGAGAAAUGGAGGUUCUGGUAGAGGAGGCUACAGAAGCCGAAGCGGUUGACGAAGUGACGGGGGACACUGUGGUGCCUGCCGCCCCUGACACAGAGCAGAGCCAGGACUCUGAGGUUAAGACGGAGGGCGAGAGGCAAGGAGAGGGAGAAGGAGGGAUGGAGGAAACGCAGCAGGAGAACAGAACCCCGAGUCCAGCCGUGAAGUGUGAGGGGGAAGACUGGGUUCAGCCAGAGACCGUGACACCAUGUCUGGACUCAGAGGAUAGCUCAGCCUCGGCAAAAGACACAAAG